GUUUACUGAUAUCCAAGAUGGAAGGCACUGUCUGAACAAGUUUUGAUAUUAGCGUACCUGUGUCAGUUUAAACUAGUCCAUACAGCCAGACUUACCAGUAUGGCAGCAGCCCGGGGCUGUCAGGUUCAGUGACUCGGCUAAGAGGACACAUCCUGACCCCAGGGGUUACUGGACUAUAUACCAUCUCGGAGAGAGAAGAGGAACAACUUCCAGGGAAUGUGUAUAAAAAGAAAUACAAGUUGACAAUGAGUGCCGAACGUCAACAGAAACAUUUACCAGAUGAGACUGGUAAAGGUGCUGGAUCAUCUUCACGAAUCAGUGCCCUACAGAGUCCAGAAAAACAUGGCGCGUCAUACGGGUCGGUACCGGACAUCACAUCCUCAGGCAUAUACAAGGUAGAGGAUGACCGUCAGGUAAUGACAUCACAAACAGAGAGGCAAGGCAACACUGAGGGUGAAGCUGCCAUCAAGGAAAGUCUUGAUGAAGAUGGGGAAAAGAAAAUAACAUCUCUAUGGAGUUUGCAACCAAAAGCACCUAGUACUUCUAGUGUCGAGAUUGAAUCAGAAUCUCCCUCAACAGUAGAGCUGGAUCCAUCAAGGAAGGAGGACAACCACCAAGAGAAUGGCAAUCUGGAAUCUGGUACAGCACUGCAAUUUAAAAUGGAUAGGUUGGUUGAGCAUAUAUCAUUGGCUGCCACACUGAACAAGGAUGAAGAUGUUGUCAGAGAUAUGUCGGAGAAGUGUUACAUUGUGGAAGAUUUUGAUGCUAUUGAAGUCCUGAUGAAUGAAAAACCAGUGAUGACUUCUACCCCAAAUAAUAGUCUAUCAGACAGUCUUUUUCGCAAUUCAGAGGAAUCCACUGCAACAACACCAGGUACAAAUAUCAAAACCACUGACACUUUGACCAUUGAUAAUGGCACAGAACAUAUUUCUGCAACCAGUAUGGCUGAUAUUUGGGCUGAUGCUGAGGAUCAAACAGUGGAAGGAUUUGCUGCUGAAGCCAGGGAUGGUAAAGAUGGGACAUUGGAUGCUGAUGAAAUCCACAGUAUAGGAAUAGGAGGCUAUUCCAGAAGAACAAGUGAUGCUUCCCUGUUAGAUGGUGCUGAUGGAUCCUAUCCAAAACAUAAGCAUAGGCCAAUGCAUGCUAAAAUUCAGCGGAGAUUGAGUCGAGAAUUUGCAGGUGAGCUGGAACAUGCUCUUGAAUCCCUCGCUUCAGUUAAUCCUGAUCAGAUUGCUUGUGAAAGUGAACAAACUGUGGAGAAAAGUUAUUCCAAGAAUGGUAUUCCAUCUGUGGAUUUCACAACAGGGAUCAGCAAUGUUUCUCUGUCUGAUUUCUCAGAGAGAAAUAUUCACAACAAUAGACCAAUGCAUACCAAGAUUACGCAUGAAGGAAAUCAGCAUACAGAGCAAAUCAGCUCCAAAGGCAACCAAGAUGGGGAUUUAUCAAAUGUCAAACCCGCUGAAACUUUAGCAAACAGUUAUGACAGAGAUGCUGCAUCCACAACUACACCAUCCAUUACCUACACUGAUGCCAAGGAUAAUUCAGCAGAUGGACCUGAAGCUGGAACCAGUAAUGGUGAAGGUGAGACUUUAGACUUCUGUAGUACAGAUGCUGAAGGCUUUGCUAAAGGAAAAAGCGGUACAUUGGCUUCAAACCUUGAUGAAAGUUCCCAUCAUCAUCACAAACUUCGACCCAAGCAUGGGGCAAUCCAGCGAAGGUUGUCUUUGUGUGGAUUGGAACACUUACGUGACAAUGACAAAGCAGAUCUUCAAGAUGAGGAUGUUUCUUCCUCUACUGGCCAGGAUCUAAUGAAGAGUGAUUCAGCAGUCAAGUUCAAUGAUACUGUGAUGGUCAACAUCUUUUCCUCUAGUGAUUCCAAAUCUUUGUCAUCAGCAACUGUUCUCAACGAUGCAGCAGAGGAAGCUGCUAUGGGGAAAAACCAAGAUCAGUCCUCAGACUCUGCUUUUGCUGCACCAACUCUGGCUAAACCAGUUUUUGUUUCAUAUGUUAGAAGGGAUAGUGCUGUUAAAUUGUCCAAACCGGCUGACAUCAUCAAAAAGAAGCAGAAAAAGCAAGCAGAAGCUAUGUUGUAUCAAGACAAGUCAUCCAAACUGACCCAAGGUAACAAACCUCAAGGCAAUCCCUAUGACCUUGAAGACAAUGGCACAGAACCAACAGCAGAACAUUGUAGUAAGAAUUCACCAGAUGCAUAUAGCAAUCUGCAAUGGACAACUGUCAAAGAUUCAGGUAGCACUUCAAGCAGAAAUGAUUGGGGCAAAGAGCAACUACUUGUUGGUCCCUCCUCUUCAUCACUUGAGGGAGAGUUCAAGAGUUGUUUAGAUGUUGACUUCAACAACCCAUUAACACUUCUGGAGCAUCUCCGCGACAAAGAUGACGACUCUCAGUCGCACCAUAGGCUGAUGAACGGCAAUGGUCAAGACAGAGGAGUGACCAGUGGUCAGUCAACUGAGAGUAUGGGUCAAGGUCAUAAAAUAUCAUCCCAAUUAUUCCAACCAAAGAUAGAGAAAGAUUCUGUAGAAACAGAGAGAAACAAAUCAAUGCAUCCAACAGUCAUAAAUGCCCAUUCAACGGAUGAGAGACCAUCAGUUGUUGGAAAACCAGGACAUGUAUCACAAUAUAGACCAGUGGUUGAGAGGAAAAGGGAAGAGAGCUCUGAAACCAUCUAUCCAACCUCCUCAGCACUAUUCAGGACAAGAAGGGACCAAGAAAUAACCAAGACAAAUAUUCUGUCUCCAGGAUAUGCUGGUCUAGAUCACACCAUCCCAUCAGAUCUGGUGCUGAAAAGGAAGAAGAAGGAGAGUAUAAGAGAUGACACAGAUUUCAGGUACCCAACUUCAUCAGAGUUGUUUCAUAAGAAAUUGGACCAAGAAUUGGCUGAUGCAAAACUGAAAUCCUCAGGUCAAGAAGAAGUGGAUCCUGAAGGUUGGUUAGGGGCAAAAAGUGGUAUUGACCAUACAACACCGUCCAAGCUGCUGAGAAAGUAUCAGGACAGAGAAGCAACUUCUUCACAACCAAACUCUUCUGGAUAUACGGCAUUGGAUCACACAACACCCUCAAGGUUGUUCCAAAAAUGGUUGAAUUACAAAAGGAAAAAUAGAACCAAACAACAGCAAAAAGCUGCAGUUUCAUCAAAACCAUUACUGGAAAGGAAACACAAAAACAGUGAUGAUACGAUUUAUCCUACUUCAUCUAAGCUAUAUCAGAAACGAGCAGACAGAGAAAGAACUUUGAGUAAUUCUAGGUCACCUCCAGGAUACAAGGAAUUUGACCAAUCAAAAUCCUCAGUGGUCAAAACAGAAAGGAACAAGGAAGAGGGGUAUGAACAGAUGCAUCCUACCUCCUCUCGGUUGUUCCAGAAGAGAGCAGAUCGUGAGGUAACAGACAGAAAUUCCAAGUCACCUGGCUAUGGACAUUUGGACCAUGCAACUCCUUCAGAACUUUUUCAAAGAUCCGAAAAUAAUGAAGAUAAAGCGGACCUGCAUUUGACAUCUUCAAAACUGUUUUGGAAAAGAGUAGAUAUAGAGAAAUCCAAUUUAAAGUCACCGGAAUACAAAGAGGUGGGUCCACCUUCUCUGAAACUUUUAUGUGCAGCAGAUCUUGAAAACACAACACCAUCAAAACUGUUUAGUAAGUGUGAGGGUACAAACAAGGCGACUGCCCUGCAGGAAUCUCGUGGCUAUAAAGAGCUUCACCACAAUUAUCCAUCUGAAGUUUUGAUGAAAAAUCCAGACCAACAAGUGAGCCAUGUCCAGCAAAAGUCUUCCAAAUCUUCUAAAAAAUUUACUAUUUCUAGGCGAGGAAGUAGGCCUGAGCUAUUUACAAAGAAUGCCGUAAAGGACAGUAGUUCAAAAGAAACCUCAAAAACUAUGGCCACUGGAUAUUGUGAUACAAUGGCAAAGUCAUCUCAGAAAAAUAAGCCAUAUACAGUUCGGUCAGCUCGGGGUCAAGUGUCCACUUGUAGCUCCAGUGAUAAAAAGGGGGUCUACACAACACCAUCAAGGCUGAUGCAGAAGAGAGAGGACACAGAAACAACAUCUGAAAACCCAAACACUCCAGGAUAUGCUAAGUUUUUAGAUGGUACAACACCAUCAAUGCUUUUAAAGAAUGUUGAGCAAGAACCAAAUCGAAAAGAAUCUGCAGACCAGUUCAAACGCAGAGGUAGUUAUACUCAUGGUAAAAUGGAUUCAGGGAAGACGAGGAUUACCAGCAGUCCAGACUGGACACUGUCAGACAGUGGAAACUGGACACUUCCCACUCCAAGCAACCUUACCAUGGAUCAACUGAACUCUGACCCCUCAUCUCCAGGGCCUCUGCAUAUGGCCAGUGAGAUCAGCCAGGGAACUUGUGUGUCGGAAAAAACACCACAACAGCAGGAGAAUUUCAACAACUGGAGAACACUCAGUGAUAUCACCACUUACUACAUUGAGUUGUCUGAAUAUGUGUCUAAGAUGGCAAAGAAAAUGAGGAUGCACAGUACUAGUGAGCCCCACUUCAUAGGCAUGCAGGACCCAACAUGUAGUGUGUCGACUCAGAGGUCUGAAGAUGGGUACCAAACUCAUUCUUACGAUUCAAGGAUGACUGAUAAUGAAAGUGAUGAGGAGAUAAUUGAACCUGGUAGAAUUCAAGGACCUGGUGCAUCAGAGGGACAGAAUGUUCCGUCAAAUAAAAUAGCACAAAGUAACGAGCCUCAAUCUGACACUUCUGGAGGAUCCAUCACAGAUCAUGCUUCUUUUAAUGAUGCAGACAGUCAGUAUGUAUGGAAUUCUCAUCCCAAUUUUAGUGGAAAAACCAUUUCUGAUAGCAGUGCAUACCCAUUGUCAUCCAGCGAGGAAGUAACAGUCAAACCACUGUGCAGGAAAUCAUCAAUUAAUUCCUCCUUCACAGCCUAUUCUGAUUCCUCAUCAACUGACGAUGAGGAUCACACUGGGUCGUCAACAGAUACUGAGAGUAAGAAAAUGUUACCUGAGGAUUCUUGUGGUCUGAACACCAAGGAUAUGAAAUCUAGCCUUGCCUCUCUGCUUUCUUUAUACUUCACCAACCGAGCACCUUCCUCCUCCCUGUUUGAUUUUUGCACCGACUCCACCUCAUCUGAAGCUAGCAUGGCACCUCCCACUGGUACUAAUCACAUGCAGGGACAGGGGAGGUAUGAAGGGACACAGAAGAAAAGGAACCUCCCGAACAUGAGGAGUGCCACACCUGAUGGCAGGGGCAUGAUGAUGGAGAAGGAGAUGAUGGAAAGUCAGAACAGAAAGCUACAGAUGGAAAUCUCCACCCUACAGACAGAAAAUAAGCUGAUCAAAGACAAGUACAACAGGGCUACAGCUAAGAUCAAUCACUUAGAGGAACAGUUAGCAGAGUCGAGGGAACAGCUGGAAUCUCUCCAUGGUAACCUGAACCAGGAACUCUCCGAGGUACAGAGGAGAAAUAAGUCCCAGGCCAUGGAGGAAAUUGACCUAUAUCAGACCAAAGUUUCGACACUUACCAAGGAAAAUCAGUCUCUCAAGACUGAGGUUUCCUCCCUAGAGAAACAGCUUGAAUCUGCUCACAAGAAUUUGGACAGGGCUUUGCUGAACUCGGAGAAAACCAAAACACUUAAUGCUCAAAACUUGGAAAUCACCACACUGAAGGAUGAAGUGAACCGUGUCAAAUCACUGUUGGAGCAGAGUGAGCGCCACCUACAGGAGGAGGACUCUCGUACCAAAGGGCUCAGUCAGCAGGUCAUCAAACUGACAGAGAUGAAAAAUCUGCUACAGCAACAAAUAGAGAUGGGAGGGGGUGGAGCUACAGCCACUGACAAACAGAUCAAGUCGCUGGAGAAGCGACUUCGGGUGACAGAGGAGAGGCUACACCAUGAGCGAGCUGACCGUGCUAAUAAUCUGUCACAGGUGGAGGACAAACUCCUAACAGAGAAUGCUCGCUUACAGGCUAUGGAGAAAGAACUUAGUAGACAGCUCCACCGUGAGAAAGAUAAGAACCGCAACCUUGAAAAUAAGAUCAAAGACACUCGUGAAGACAACGAACGGCUUCGUCUGUCCCUCCCUUUUGAUGAGGCAGCCUUAACGACACAGAAAGGUUACGACAUUCCGUACGGUGUACAUGAAUCUCAGCGCCAGGAAACAGUCAAGAAGGACUACCGACAAAUCCUGUCACAGCUUGAGACAGAGGCGGGCCUCAAGGCGGGUCAGGAACGGGAGAUGAUUUGUCAGCUGUGGAACACACGGCAGCAGACAUACAACCGGCUCCGACAACUAGAGAUCAACCUCCAGGCACUUAACCUCAGAGACAAUAACGUAGCAGAGGGGCUCAAGAAUUUAAGAGAUGUGAAGAGUCAUGCAGAUGCUCAGGUCAGACAACUUCACGAACAACUGGAGGAUUCCAAGUCAGAGAAAGAAACUCAGGAAACAACAUAUAAAGAACAACUGGCACUGCUAGUGAAAGAACGCCAUGAUGCCUUUGCUCAACUGAAGACGGCCGAGGAUUUGAUGGAGGCUAUCCGCAGUGAGAAUGAGAUCCUGAAGUCCGGUCUAUCUGGAGGUGGUACAGCCAGUCUUGGUGCUAGUCUUACCCUCGCCACAAAUAGCCGUGUUGAGGCACUGCAGGUCCAGGUAAAGGAUCUUGAGAACCAGAUCCAACAGAUGACUAGGACAACUCGCUUGUUAGAAGGCGAACUGUCUACAUUGCGAAUACAACUAGAGGCACGAGACAAGGCGCUUGAAGACACUAAGAGUGAGCUGGAUAUCGCACAUUUACACCUCAGCGGUGAUGGUGGUGAGGACCGCAAACAGGAGAAGAUAGAUAAACUCACCGCACAGAUUAAUGGCCAUCAGUCUGAAAUCAAGCUCCUUGGUGACAAGGUUACUUCCCUAAACACAGAGAAGAGCAGACUAGAAAGAGAUCUAGAGGCAGCCUUGAGAGAGGUCAAUAUUACCAAGGCCAAGGUCAAGGAGACCAAACAUGGAGAAAUGGCUGACAGUAAGCAAGCACAGAUAUUACGAGAGGAGCUGGAGGAGAGAGACCGGCGGCUCGGUAAACUCACUCAAGAGUAUGACACACUUGAAACAGAGCUGCAGACAGCACGUCAAGACCUGUACGCAGAACAGAUACAGUCACAGGACUACGAGGCCCAGAUCGAGAGUUACACACUUCAGAUAGAGCAGCGUGGCCAUAUACUGGACACACUGAGUGGCACGGAGAAGGAACAGCUCGCUCAGUUCCUGAUCCUUAAGGAGACACUUGACUCGGUCAGUCAGGAGAUCAACCAGAAACAUGCUGAGUUGAAGGUGCUACAUCUGGAGAUGAGCAAAGAGAAGGACCGAUAUGAGUAUAUGGAGAAAGAACUGAUCACUCUGAGGAAGGACAGGCCAUUAGGGGACAAUGACCAGGCAUGGGAGACAAGUCUGCCAAGCCACAUGCUUCAGAUCCGUGAAUUAGAGUCAGAGCGGGACCACCUGAAAGUGGAGCUCAUUGAAAUGACAGAGGCACUAAAACAGGCCACAGAAGAAAAUGGUAAUCUAGACAAGGCCAUGAAGCAGAUGGAGCAGCAGCUAUUGGAUGAGAGGUCAGCCCAUCUACAGACCAGUGCUGAGAAAGGAGAGCUUGAACAACACCUAGAGGAGAUUGCAGAGGAGCAUGACGCUCUGUCCCAGGAGAGAGACGAAAGUGAAGAAGAUAUUGUCAAACUUGAGACUGAUCUCAAGGAUGUCGUACACAAGUUUGAGAUGGAAACUCGCAAAAAUCAUGAAAACCUGGCCUCCAAGUAUCCACAAGUACCUGCUGAAGCUCUGAAGAUGGCUGCAGAACUGGACAGCCUGAGGACCCUGAUGGAUGCCAAACACAAAGAACAUGAAAUGUUGAACAAUAAAAUCAGUCGUCAGCAGGUGGAGAUGGACUUCCUUAACAGACGAGUAGAAUUACUACACAACGAGAACCAGUGUAACCGCGAUGACAUCGCACGUCUUACUUCUGAAGUGUCGGCCAAGAUAAAAGAGGGCGUGGCUAAUAGGGAGAUGAACCAGUUCCUUGUGAAGGAGAGAGCAAGGCUACAGAAGGAAAACACUCAACUCAAUGCCUCUGUGGAUAAGGAGAAGGGCAUUAAGGAGAGGCGCAGAGCAGAGAUAGCAGAUGUUAUGAGGAAGGUGGAGAAGACAGAGGAGUCGACCAAAACUACAUCCCGAGAAGUCCUACAGAAGGAUGCCAUCAUCGCCAGUCUGGAGGCGGAGCUUGGCCAGACCAAACAAAGUUGUCAGACUCUAGAGGUCGACCGGUCCCAGCUUAAGGGCAAGGUAGAACACCUACAGCAGGACGUGGACAGCAAAGCAGUCCUGGCUUCUACACUUGAGACUCGGCUGGAGACAGAGAGGAGGCGGCUGGAGGAAGAAAAAUCAGAGGCAGCCCAAAAACGAGACGAGCUCAUGGCUACAUGUCAUGAGCUCGAACGACUCAAGCAUGAACACGGAUUGUUGUUGAACAACCUAAAUGACGAGAAACAAACCGUGGAAAAUUUGAAAGAAUCUCUAAAUGUCAAUCAGCAAUCAUGUGAAAAGUUAAAGGAGCAGGUUUAUACCUUGACAAUGGAACUGGAAUCCACUCAGGGUCAACUGACCACCAGUAGGGACACUGUGGAAGCUCUCAAACAGGACAAGGGAGCCAUCUACCAGGAGUAUGAUUCAAUGAUGCGACGUCUUGGUGAAAAAGACCAGAAAAUUGCUGAACUACAAAACAAGUGUGACCGCAUCGAGCAACAGAUGCAGCAGGAGCUGACACAACAGAAACACGAUCUAGAGAGGGAGAACACCUCAACAGAGCGGGACCUCGACACCACCAAGGAGGAGAACGCAGUCCUCAAGGAAGAACUCAAAAUGAAAGAGGCACAGCUGAGUAGUUUUGGACGUACACUCAAAGAACUCGAGGACAUGAACAAGGAAAAAAUGGAGUUAGAGGGUCAGGUGAGACAAAUGGAGGGCACAGUCGGGGACGUAGAUCUGUUAACACAAAGUCUCCGCAAGGAAACCAUCACCCUGCAAGAAACUAUUGCCAGACAACAGGAAAGCCUGUCCAGUCUUCAGUUGGAACACUCAUCACUUAAGGAUAAAAUGCGGAUACAGGAGGAAAAGCUGACGGAUCGGGUCAUGGUCCUGGAGAAGACUAAUGGGGAUCUACAGAACCAGUAUGAUGGGGAAAAGUCUUACCUGAAGGACAGUCUGAUGCAGACACAGACUAGAGUUGCAUCCGUGGAGUCAAGUCUAGCCUCCGCCAUUGACAGUCGUGACAAACUUCAGAUGAGCAGCAGGAUGAUGGAGAGAACACUUGAGGAGACAAAAGAGCGCCUUCAGGAGGAGACAACUUGUCGCAAAGUAGCAGAGCAGAGGGCUGAAUCUCUACAGUCCCAACUACACGAGUCAAGGAAGGAUAAGUAUUUAUCUGAAGAAAAACUGAACCAGAUGACCACAACUCUGACCAAGUCAGAACAGAUGGUGAAAACAGAGAAGGACCGGGCCAAACGUCUGGCAGAACAGCAACAGGAAUUGGAGGCUACAGUUUACACACAAGAUUCUUCAGCAAAGUCCAAGCAGGAACAGAUUGACCUUCUUCAGGAGUUUGAGAUUGAUGAGGAGAUCAUACAGCAGACUCUCACAAUGACCGAGAUCAGUAAGCUUCGACAUAUACUGGAGAGUCAGAAACAACAGCUCAAUGCCAAACUCAAGAAAACAACAACAGAACUGAAACAACAGAUUGAGAUAAUCGAGGAGGACCGUAUCCGCAUUAUGCAGCAGAGCCAGUUGUUGUCUGCCGAAGUGGAGAAGGCCAGGGACCAACUUGCCAUGAAAAACAAAGAAAACCUACGGCUGCAAGAGAAAAUCCUAGGUCAGGAGGACGAGCUCAGGGAACACACACUCCGACUUCGUCGUGCAGAGGACGCUCGUAAAGCUGAGGAGGAGCUUCAAUCAAAACUCUCUUCCAAAUUUACUGCCCAGGAAGAGGAGCUGAAGAGAAUGAAAGUUUACUUGUCGAAGAAAGCAGAAGAAGCAGGAGACAAUGAAAAGUCUAUGUGGAUGGACCUGAACCGUUUGAUACAAGACAUGAACCGCCAGCUCCAUGAACACAUGGAGUCCCAGAAAUCUGGUGGACAGGACUCGAAGGACCGAGAUGUGAAGCAGCUAAGCAAGUACAAGAAACGUGUCAUAGAUCUCGAGUCGGAGUUGAGUACGGAGAAGGCCAUUCACCAGAUAACGAAAUCCUCACUUCAGGCACUUGAGGAAGACAACCAGAGAUUACGACAUCAGUAUCACGCCAUGCGGCGCAGAGACAAUGUUACAUCAGACAAGAAAUACAAAUCAAGGAUGGAGGCAAUUAAUGAGAUCAUUGCUAAGUCACAGACACAAGCGCAGGCAAUGUUAGCAGCCAGCGGUUACUAUGACGACCCGCAGAAGAGUCUACACUCGCCAAGGACAGACUACAGGGGUUCUCCCGACAAUUCUCUGGCCAGUGACCUGUCCUUCAGCAGCACUGGGCCAAUGGUCAUCCCUCCUUACACGGGCUCUUCCCCUACCAAGGUCAAAGCAGGAACUCUGUCUCCACGGAAAUAGUCUCCAUGACAACAGUGAACUAUACAACAACAAACAACAUAUACUUCUCUAUCACCGGGUGUUAUUGAUUAGGACAUCUAUCUUCAUUGAGAUGCUGUGUAGGAAGUGAGGGAAUAUACCAAGUACAAGUUAGUGUAUGUGAUCCGAGUUAGAGACCGGAUGUCUCAUCUGAUAAAUAUGCAAUGAUUUUGCUGUGAUGCAGAUUACAUGACAGAAACACAAAAUACAUCGAUGAAAAAUGCCAAAUAUCAGAGAAUAUAUUUUAUAAAGUGACAAAGGUAAGUUUCAUACAUAGUGAUGCAAUAUCUCUUACAUUCAUUCAAAUUGACUUUUCACAUCCGCGAUAUGGAUGAUUCCAGGGUUGUGAUGAAAGAAAGGUCUGUCAGCCAUUAUUUUAUACAGUGCACUUGCUAUCUGAGUAUUUUGAAGUAUGUAUGACAUUGGAUAGGCACGAAUGGGUUGUUAUACAAUGAACAAGGAGAUGCUUGCUGUAUGUAUGAAUACUACGCGAACUCUGGGAUACUUAAUUAACUAAUACACUAUGCAUCUGUGUUGUAUCACAGAAAUGUCAAAAUCAAUAGAAUUCCUUGAGAUACCAUAUUAAUUCUAAAAUAAGUCUGGAUUCUUCCUUCCUAUUUUUUCAUAUCAAUACAGAAAUUGUUCUUCAUAUUUUGCAAGACAUUCUCUCUUUGACUUCCUUUGCCAUUUUUCUUGAUCAGCAGUCAAAGUGAAAAUUCAUUGACAAUUUACUGCUUAUUUUUUGAGAAACUUUCUCUGCAGAAUUUUUCAUAUAGGUAUAUAUUAUUAUAUCAUCUUCUACAUAAAUUUGAUGUUCUCAAGAAAGGCCAGUGUAUAAUUAGAAUUAAUUGGAUAUUUUCAAUCUCACAAAAAAGUAUUAGUAUAUUAUAAACCUAGUAUUAUAUUCAUUUUCCGUCACUGUCAGAUUUGGCACUUAAACACUUUCCCCUGUGAUGUCAUUUUUUAAUAUCCAUUUAUUGUUCAUAUACCAUUUUUGCUCUUCGUGACAUGGUUUUGUUCGUGCAUGAAUUUAGCACUGCUAGAGCUCAUUAAACAUACUUUUAUAAAAGUUUUAUAAUAUACAUUUUAGUAUAUGUUGUACACAAAAUAUAUUUAAAAGAGAUAUACAUAUUCAGCAUUUUCAUUUUUAGUCUAUGUUAUACAUCUUUCCUUCGCUGCUUUACAUUCCAGCUUAGUUGAACGUCCCGUGAUUCCAUUACCUGUACAUAUUAUCAAACAUUCCAUUAUCCAUUCUAAUUAAUUUUACAUCAUUCAUAAGUAAACUCAACAAUUAAAUAAAUAUUUAGUGUAGAUAUUAAAAGUAAUUUAAAAAACAUAGUAUGUAUUGUUUAAUUUAUUGGUAAGAAAACGUUACUCAGAGGAAUUAUUAAUCCUGUAUUUUGGUGUACUAUCACAAAUCACAUUAUUGGAUUACUUCCCUUUUUGUAUUUUUUCAAUGAUUUAUAUAUUGGAUAUUAUUCAAAUAAUUUGAUAAUGUUUGAAAGUUUGAAAACCAAAAUUCCAUUCACAUAACAAUUUUCAAUGAAAAUAUCAUAUUUAUCGUAGUGAAAAUGAAGAGAUGGCAGAUAAAUGCCAAUUCAUUAUUUUUCUGUCAGUAUUCCUUUUAAACGAAACCAAAUUCUGGCAUCAGAGAAGCAUUUUGAGAAGGGAAGUUAUCCGGUAGAACUUUUUAUUUAUUCCUCAGUAUUAAAUAUAUAUUUCCGUCCAUAAUGUGAUAAAUCAACAAGUAUAUUUUACUUGACAUCAGCUUUCUGUUAAUUAUUUAAAUAUUUAUGCCUAUUAAUUUUACUAUUAAUUUUACUAUUAUGUUUUGACUAAUACAUUGUUACACAUUUAAAUUAGAGGAUUUAAAAAUGUUAUCAGUCACAUUUUUCUGUUCAUGGUUCAGCAGAAAGAGUUGCUAGCGUCCUUGAAUACCUUGAAGCUACAACUGUAUUCAUUUUCAAGUGUUCAGACUUUUACAAAGAUCUUUUCAUUUAAAUUUUUGAAACUGUAACAUUGAUGCCAAUAUUUUAUGGUAUGACAUCAGUGAUAAAAUAAGUAGACCUUUAUUUUAAUUAAAAAAGAGGCUAGCUACUAAAACCUCACUAUGUUUUACACAUUGAAAGUUUAAUAGUGAUAUCGUGGGAAAUAUCAGAAGAAAAUGAUAGAUUUUUUAAGUUGACCCAUUUGUUAACUUACCAUAUGCGGUAUAGUUAAAUUGAUCAACAAAGUUGUGGAUCUAAUGUCUCAAAUAUUAAAAGCCAGUAUACUGCACUCUGAAUUGGUGAUGCUGUGAUGUUGGUUUCAUAUGGUUCUGAAAUGAGUCGCAUCAUCAGUUUUCAUCAAAAGUUGAACACAGGAUUCAUAUUCAAAUACCUGUUGGUGUCUCUUUUUGUUUUUGUUUGUGGUUACAAUCUUGUGGGGCAAUAAUAUCCUUUAGAAAUGCGUUUGAGAUUGUUGGAUGUCUUAAACAAGGCCAAUCUUUUUGGGGGCCAUGUUUUAAUCUAGUUAGAAUUGAGAUUGUAGCUUUGGAUAAGUGACAUCAGAUAAUUUUAUAGAUGGUCAGUUAAGUUAAUUCUAAGACAGAUUUUUAGACAAGUUAGAAACAAUUUAUAAGCUAGUCUAAUAUUUGUCUGUAGUAAUAUUGAAAUAGGAAAGAAAUAGACUUGAAAAUUUGCAAUAAUGCAUGUGUUCAUAGGGUUUUACUUCACAAUAAAAAUAAGAACUUGUCUCCAGAGUAUGAAUGACUUUUGUCAUGUUGAGUAGCAAUAAUUAUUGGUUUUGUGCGUAUCAAAAUUUGUCAUUGUCAAAUCCGUCCGCUAUCUUGUAGGGUAUUUGUGCAAAACAGGUCUACUCAGUUAUUUUAAAUUGUCUUGUUAUGAAAAUGUGUUGUGUUCAUACGGUCUUUUAUUUCGAGACACUAAUACAAGGUUCACAAAGCUUCAGUGGGUCGUGUUUUACAUAGAAUAUUCAUCAAAACUGUAUUGUUAAUGUUUCAUUCACAUCUUUUUUCAAGCUUUUAUAAAUUUUAUUAAUCAGUAUAUUAACGUUACUCAUACCAGAAUUAAAUUGUGGCUUUAUUUGGUAAUGUGCUUGACUGGAAUGAUUCUGCUUGAAGAGAAAAAAUAAGUGUAAAUCAUUUUUUUAUAUUUUUUAUUUUUAAUAUUAUUUUGAUAUUCUAAGACUAAACUUGCCAGAAACGGUUGUCUUCCGAUGCAUUUGCUUCAAAAUCAAAAUGUUUCAGAUUACAAUCGCAAAAAAUGCACAAUUAUUUUCAAAGAAUGCACAUAUCUAAAUGAUGCACAUAAAGUGAUAUUAUUUCAAAUCCUUAAGAUGAGAUACAGUUAUUAACAAUGUCCCUGCACAAUAUGCACAUUCAAGUAAAUGUCUAAUUUUGUAGCAUAAUUUUAUUUUUAGUCAAGACAACAAACUAAUCAUUUUGAGUACUGGGUGAAUUAAUUUCAAACUAGGCCAACUGAUUUGAGAUUUAGGGUACUUGGUGGAUUGAUAUCCAACUUAACCUACUGAUUACAGUGUUGUCUACACAGUUAAUACAUUUUACACUGCUAUGUUAAUUAUACAGAUAUACAAUAAAGUAUACAUGGUAACUGGAA